GGGAGGGUGAUGGCAUGGGUGACGUCAUCAGGAAAGCAGCCGCGCCGGCCGGCGAGGGGAGUUAUAAAAAGGCCCAGAAGAAUGAGCGGGAGUCCAUCAGGCAGAAGUUGGCUCUGGGCAGUUUCUUCGACGAUGGCCCAGGACUUUACACCAGCUGCAGCAAGAGCGGCAAGCCCAGCCUCUCCUCCCGAUUACAAAGUGGGAUGAACCUGCAGAUUUGCUUCGUGAACGACAGCGGCAGCGACAAGGACAGCGACGCCGACGACAGCAAGACAGAAACCAGCCUGGACACGCCGUUGUCGCCCAUGAGCAAGCAGAGCUCGUCCUACUCCGACAGAGACACGACAGAGGAAGAGUCAGAGUCCCUCGACGACAUGGACUUCCUCACCAGGCAGAAGAAACUCCAAGCUGAAGCCAAAAUGGCCUUGGCUAUGGCAAAGCCCAUGGCCAAAAUGCAGGUUGAGGUGGAAAAGCAGAACAGGAAGAAGUCGCCGGUAGCGGAUCUUCUGCCACAUAUGCCUCAUAUAAGUGAAUGCCUGAUGAAGAGGAGUUUAAAACCCACUGAUCUAAGAGACAUGACUAUCGGGCAGCUACAAGUGAUAGUCAAUGAUCUCCACUCACAGAUAGAAAGCUUGAACGAGGAGCUGGUGCAGCUGCUGCUCAUUCGGGACGAGCUGCACACGGAGCAGGACGCGAUGCUGGUGGACAUCGAGGAUCUGACCAGACACGCUGAAAGUCAGCAGAAGCACAUGGCAGAGAAGAUGCCAGCAAAAUGA